GGCUCGCGGGCGGCGGCGGCGGGGGAACCAGGAGGGCGCGCCGGGCAGCGGAUGAGGCGCGACAGCUGCGGCCCAGGGCACCCCCCACUGGCAUCCCGAACCCUGCCCGGUCCGACCCGAAGGGGAGGAUGGAAACACCAGCUGCUAUCUGAGCCCCCCUGGAAGAUAUCAACCCUCCCGCUACACCACGCGGCGGUCCUACGGAGGCCACUGCUUCGGCCCCUCCACGUCUGUCUCCCAUAGCCGAGCCGCGUAGAAAAGCCAGCGAUGGCGGAAAACCUGAGGAGGCUGGUCUCGAACGAAACUUUACGACGGUUGCAGGACAGGAUAGACUCCUGGGCGAAAGAGUACAACACAAACACAUGUGAUCAGAAUCUAAAUUACUGCCUUGAAAUCAUUGAACAAGUUGCCAGAUUGCAGGGACAGCUCUUUGGAAUCCUCACUAUUGCAGCCCAAGAAGGAGGACAUAAUGAUGGUGUGGAAACAAUCAAGUCUCGCCUUUUGCCUUGGCUGGAGGCUUCUUUUACUGCUGCUUCCAUGGGAAAACCUGUUGACAGCAGGGUUCCCUCUCUACAGGACACAUUUGAAAUUGAGAGACUUAAAGGGAGUAGUCCUCGGGACCUUAAAGCAAGUAGUCCUCGGGACCUUAAAGAGAGUAGUCCUGGGGACCUACAACAACUAGACUCUGACUUGAACUCAACCCGUAAUCAACUCAACCAGGUUAAAGACGAUCUUGCUGAAACUGGAAAGUCUCUCGAAGAAACCAAGAACAGAUCUGCCAUAUCCCUUUUGGCUGCAGAGGAGGAAAUAAAUCAGCUAAAAAAGCAGCUUAAAUCUCUUCAAGCCCAGGAGGAUGCUCGCCAUAGGAACUCAGAACCUAGGCAUACAGACCAGAGCAGAGACCAGAUCAGACCUGAGCACCGCAGUUCCUUCAAGAGGGGCUCAGAGAGAAGGAGCUCUGAUCAGAGGAACUCGGAGCCACGGACCUUAGAGCAGCGGUGCGCAGAGCAGCGGAACUCAGAGGUGAUCUCUGACUAUGAGAAACAGCUCCGAAACCUGAAGGAUGAGAUUGCUGUCUUGUCUGCUGAAAAAGCUGGUCUUCAAGGAAGGGCACCCAGGAGCCGGUCUCCUAGCCCUGGCCCACGCAGCGGCAGCCACAGCCGCAGCCACAGCCACAGCCACAGCCGCAGCCACAGCCACAGCCGCAGCCACAGCCGCAGCCAGAGCCACAGCCCCAGCCACAGCCCCAGCCACAGCCCCAGCCGGAGCAGGUCCAACAGCCCCAACAACAAAAUCGCCAAGAUCAGAAGCACGUCCCCAAAUGGUGGUUCCAAAAUGUCCAGUGUGGCACGCAAAGCUGCUCUCCUGUCCCGAUUCAGCGACGCCUAUUCCCAGGCCCGCCUGGAUGCCCAGUGCUUGCUGCGGCGCUGCAUCGACAAAGCAGAGACAGUGCAGCGGAUCAUCUACAUCGCCACUGUGGAGGCAUUUCACGUGGCGAAAAUGGCAUUCAGACACUUCAAGAUCCGGGUGAGGAAGACAUUAACACCAAAUUAUGGAGGGUCGAAUGACUUUGAGAAUGCUGUCUCCGAAUAUAUCAUUUGCCAUCUUGAUCUGUAUGAUUCCGUUAGCAGUGUUAACGAUGUGAUCCGUGCCAUGAAUGUCAACCCCAAGAUCUCGUUCCCCCCUGAAGUUGACUUUUGCCUUCUCAGUGACUUUAUCCAGGAGAUUUGCUGCAUCGCCUUUGCCAUGCAGUCCUUAGAGCCACCCCUUGACAUUGCCUUUGGGGCGGAUGGAGAAGUUUUUAAUGACACCAAGUACCACCGUAGCUAUGACUCGGAUUUCACCGCUCCCUUGGUCUAUUACCACGUAUGGCCUGCUCUCACGGAGAAUGACUGCGUCAUUAUGAAGGGAGAAGCUGUCACCAGGAGAGGGGCUUUUUGGAAUUCAGUGAGAGCUGUGAGUCGGUGUCGAAGCAGGAGUUUAAGUCCCAUUUGCCCCCGUAACCGCAUUGGUUUAAGCACGAUAUAUGGAAGUCGGAGUCCUUCUCCAAUAAGAUGUACAUUGCCAAGGUUUUAAAACCACCACGGGUGGUCCUAUGCCACCGCAUGUAGUGCAUCAUUGCAGCCACCUUUCCCCUGGGCCUCCUGCUGCCUGCCUUGUCUGCCUCCGACUUCAAUUAGCAUGAUGUGAACUGGCAUUCUGUGUAUCCCUCUACACACAGAGUUAAAUGUUUUGGCUUAGCGCAUCUGUAAUUUUAGAUAUAUUGCAUUUUAUUUUAUUUUAUAGGUACAAAUUCCAUUAAUUUCAUAAAAAAACGAUUGCAUAGGCAUUUAGGAUCAUAUUCAUUUGAAGCAAAGUCCAUUACAAAGAUUCAGGAUUUCCAUCUUGAAAUACUAGGUUCUUUUAUAGCAACUAUAUGAACAAGAGUGCAAAGUCUUUAACAUGCUGAAUCCAAAAGAAAGGGCAUUUUAGCUUAUAGGUUGAUCCUACAUGUUAUAAUUGUUAGUAUCAGCUUUUAACCUGAAAAAAAAAUGGGUGCUCUAAUUGCAUUUUAAGGUUUGGAAGACAACACCAAUCAUAUUAGUAGCAGUGAUGUAAGACUAAGUGUAACCUGUAAUAAUUUAAAAGUAUGUCACUUUGUUGGCUUGCUUUUCUGUUUUUGCUUUGAGAGUUACCCAUUUUGGCUUUGUGGAGUACCAAAUGUGGAAGUCACUUAGUUGAGAAGUUUCUUGCUUCAUAAACACAGAGCAGUAAUUUGAUUAGAUGCGGCUUUGAGAUAAAUGUUGAUCACCUUGCAUUAUCUACUUAGAAAUGUCUUAAACAGUUUAAAUGCACAUGUUAAAUAUACAAGUUACCUAUGGUACCUGUUCUUUACCUAUUCUUCCUCCUAUAAACUCCAACUGACUAAAAAUACUAGAACUUAAGAAGUAAAACUCAGGGCAUCAUUUAUCUAUUUUAAAUUGAGCUUUUCUCGCUUGACUUGUUUACUGUGAAGUACUCUUGAAAGUUCACAUUCAAGAUAAUAAAGAACUGUGAUUUCUCUAGAA